UCACAAACCACCCUCCCUCUCUCACUUCCUCCUUUGUAUUCGAAUCAGAGGAACAGUGUUGUUUGCUAGAAUUGGUAGAUGAUCACUUCCAUGGCCGUGAUGGUUUUGUUAGCUCUGUUACUUGUGUCCUCAUUCUUCUUCGUUAGAGUUGCUUUUGAAACUCUAACUUGUUACUGGAUAACCCCAAGACGCAUCAAGAAAAUCAUGGAAAAGCAAGGAGUGCGUGGCCCUAAACCCCGGUUUCUUGUUGGGAACAUCUUGGACAUGGCCUCCCUAGUCUCCAAAUCCACUGCCCGUGACAUGGACUGCAUCAGCCACGACAUUGUUGACCGCCUCUUGCCCCAUUUUCUCCAUUGGUCUAAACUCUAUGGUAAAAGGUUUAUAUACUGGAAUGGAAUCGAGCCUCGGAUGUGCAUAACAGAGACAGAGCUAAUCAAAGAGCUUCUAUCAAGAUACAGUACGAAAGCCGGUAAAUCAUGGCUACAACAGCAAGGAUCAAAGCACUUCAUCGGACGGGGUCUACUAAUGGCCAACGGUGAUGAUUGGCAUCACCAGAGACACAUUGUUGCGCCCGCUUUCAUGGGAGACAAACUUAAGGGCUAUGCGGAUUACAUGGUGGAUUGCACUAAGAUGAUGGUCCAAUCACUAGAAAAUGCAGUAGAGAUGGGCCAGACUGAGUUCGAGAUUGGCGAGUACAUGGCUCGACUCACUGCUGAUAUAAUUUCGCGAACUGAGUUCGAUUGUAGCUAUGAGAAGGGCAAACAAAUAUUUCAUUUGCUCACUGUUUUGCAACAACUUUGUGCUCAAGCUAGCCGCCACUUGUGCCUUCCUGGAAGCCGGUUUUUUCCUAGCAAGUAUAACAGAGAAAUAAAAUCAUUGAAGAUGGAGGUAGAGAGAUUACUAAUGGAGAUAAUACAGAGCCGGAGGGACUGUGUGGAGAUCGGUCGAAGCAGUUCUUAUGGAAAUGAUUUACUCGGUAUGUUGCUAAAUGAGAUGCAGAAGAAGAGAUCAGGAAAUGGGUUUAGUUUAAACUUGCAACUAAUCAUGGAUGAAUGCAAAACCUUUUUUUUCGCCGGGCACGAAACCACAGCCCUCUUGCUCACAUGGACAGUCAUGCUUCUUGCUAGCAACCCCCAAUGGCAAGAUAAGGUUCGUGCCGAGGUCAAACAUGUCUACAAUGGUGGUGUUCCCUCUGUUGAUCAUCUCUCAAAACUCACCCUGUUAAACAUGGUGAUUAAUGAAUCACUUAGGCUGUACCCACCAGCUUCAGUGCUUCCUAGAAUGGCCUUUGAAGACAUCAAGCUAGGAGACCUAAACAUCCCAAAGGGACUAUCAAUAUGGAUUCCAGUGCUUGCAAUCCACCACAGUGAAGAACUAUGGGGCAAAGAUGUGAAUGAGUUCAACCCUGAUCGGUUCGCAUCCAAGUCAUUUGCUCCAGGUCGAUUCAUACCCUUUGCUGCCGGCCCAAGAAACUGUGUUGGCCAAGCUUUCGCAAUGAUGGAAGCUAAGAUUAUAUUAGCCAUGUUGAUAUCAAGGUUUAGCUUCACAAUAUCAGAGAAUUAUCGCCAUGCGCCGGUUAUAGUCCUCACUGUAAAACCGAAGUAUGGAGUUCAAAUCCGUUUGAAGCCCUUGGAUAAAAUAUAAUGAUAGAUAACAUUAGUCGGCCUUGACUUGGUUUUUUUUCAUGACCAUGGAAGAUCAAGCUCUGAAGAAGAGCAGUACCAUUUCUUCCUUCAAAUUAUUGUGAAAGAGAUAGAGAAGAAAUUAUCAUGCUUGUAAGGAAGGAAGGAUUAAUGAGAGAAUAUUAAUAAAGAGUGACCGAACAAACUGUGAUUUUUAAUUUGCUUUUGGGGUAAUUGAAUUAUUAGUCUGCUAGAAGCAUGUUGACGUAAUAGAACUCAAAAUCUAGCUUUUUUAGUUGCGUGGAUUGAAAUC